AUGGCGUCCUCACUCCAAACCAAAACGCUCCCUCCCACCACAAACCUCACCAUGGAGAUCCGCCACAACGGCCUGGACACCUCGUCCAUCACCCCGAAACCAAACACGGCUUCCAGCAAACGGUCAUGGUGGAAGACCACAACCGUCUACCAAAUAUGGCCCGCCUCCUUUCUCGAUACCACCGGUUCCGGUCUCGGCGACCUCCGCGGCAUCAUCUGUAAGCUUCCCUACCUACACAACCUCGGCAUCGAGACCAUCUGGCUGUCACCCAUGUACGACGGCCCACAGCAAGACAUGGGCUACGACAUUUCCGACUACACCGCCAUCUACCCGCCUUACGGCACGAUGGAGGACAUGGAGGAGCUCAUCGCCAAGAUCCACGCUCUGGGAAUGCGGAUUAUCCUCGAUCUCGUCGUGAACCACACUAGCGACCAGCACAAGUGGUUCCAGUCCUCCAAGACAGGCAAUGGGCUGCAUAAGGACUGGUAUAUCUGGCGAGACGGCAAGCCCAACCCCAAGCCAUCGACUGAUGCCAACAAGCCCACGAUCCCCCUCCCACCGAACAACUGGGCCUCCGUCUUCGGCGGCCCCGCCUGGACCUGGUGCCCCUCCCGCCAGCAGUACUACCUGCACAUCUUCGCCCCUGGCCAGCCGGAUCUGGACUGGGAGAACGACGCUGUCCGCGCCGCCGUCCACAAGGAUGCCCUGAGAUUCUGGUUUGAGAAGGGCAUCGACGGGUUUCGGGUGGAUACCUGCAACAUCUACUCCAAGAACCAGAAGCUGUUGGCACGAGAUGGGCGUGUCACCGAGCGGACGAAGCCGUUGGGGGAGUGUGAUCCGGGAAUCAUCAAUGGGCCACGGAUCCACGAGUUCUGGUCUGAGAUGCGGCGGGAAGUGAUAAACAAGUAUGUUGGUGGCGAUCCGUUGAUGGUGGGGGAGUUGGCGGACAGCAGCGUCGAGGAAACGCUACGCUUCAUCGGGCGGACUGGGCCGAAGAAGGAGGUGAAAGAGGAAUUGAGUAUGGUGUUUGACUUCAGCUAUGUGGAUUUGGGCCGUGAAGACGCGCUUCCUCACUUGAUCAAACCAAUUGAUCUCCCUGCAGCGAAACGCGCCAUGGGCACUCGGACUUCAAACUACCUCACUGCCGGCGCAUGGACGUCGAUCUUCAAAGAAAACCAUGACCGUCCGCGCAGUGUCUCUCGUCAUCCGGGACCCACUGACCCUAAGAACUGGUCGCGUAUUGCCAAGCUGCUGGCUAUGAUGACCGGCACCCUCUCCGGCACGCUAUUCCUGUACCAAGGCGAAGAGAUUGGGAUGACGAACAUCAACCCCGACACCUGGUCUCCUGGAGAUCUGAAGGAUAUUGCUUCAUUGAAUUACUUACAGGCGAUGAGAGAGCGCUAUCCGAACGACCCAGUGAUGUGGGACAAAGCGUGGCGGGGUGUUUGUGCCGUGGGGCGGGACAAUGCGCGGACGCCGGUGCAGUGGGCGAACAGAAAGAAUGGGGGGUUCAGUGAUGGGAGCAGGACGUGGAUGCGGGUGAAUGAGAACUAUAGGGAGGGAGUGAAUGUGGAGGAGCAGGAGGGAAAGCAGGGCAGUGUAUUGGAGUUCUGGAGGAGGAUGCUGAAGUUGAGGAGGCGGGAGGAGGGGUUGUUUGUGUUGGGCGGGUAUAGGUGCGUGGAUGAGGAGAAUGAGCGAACGUGGACUUUUGAGAAGACGGCGGAUGGUGGCAAGGGGAGAGCGUGGGUGGUAUUGAAUUUCUCGGAUGAUGAGGUUGAGUUUGAGAGGCCGAAGUGGGCGAGGGAGCUUGCGCUGACGAAUUACGGGGGCGAGAGGGAUACAAAGGAGGACAAGUUGGCGCCUUGGGAGGGAAGGAUCUACAUGUAG